GGAACCCGGGACAAGCCAAGACGUUGGCCCUCCAAGGUUCCUAGAGAGGCCGCCGAGGCCCCGGGAGGAAACGCGCGUGCGCAACCGGGUCGGGUGGAGAGACGGGCGCGAAGCGGACGGUGCAACUGGAGGUCUGACCGUCGGGGCCUCGGGAGUGGCUCAUGGUGCUUCCCGGGGGCCUGCCCUUCCCCAAGCGGGGCACUUAGGAGACCAAGUGGUGGCGCCUAUGCUUCGGAUGGUCCGGCCCCAGGGGUCUGCAGCAUUCGGGUUCCUGUCUGUGGACUAUCCUGAGAAGCAGUGGAAAGGUCCAGCGCGGAGUCAGAGAGGCCUGAACCGGAACAUCAUGCCGGAAACGUACCGCAGCUUUGCCUCGUUGGCAGGGGAGACUGGGAUGGAGAGUUCCGAGUUACCUCCAAAGCAGGAAAUUUCUAAAGGAUCAGAGCCAUCUUCUGAUGGGACAUCAGGAGGCCUCUAUGGGGUGGUUCCUGGGGGGCCAGAGGCUACCGAUGCCUGUGAAGAUGCUUUAGAGAAGCUAGAAGUACAACCCUCAGAUGAGGAAGGGAGCCAACUGGAAAGUGGUUUCUUGGAAAGAACAUGUGAGGAUAAAGACAAAUCCACCAAAGAUGGAUGUGAUGAAUACGAGGAACUUGGGGAACAUCCAGAUCUGUCCCCCAGUCCUGCAGAACGCCAAGGAGUUCUGAAGGCACAGAAAUUCUAUCAAUGUGAUGAAUGUGGCAAAGCCUUCAACUGGAGUUCGCACCUCAUUGGCCAUCAAAGAAUCCACACUGGAGAGAAACCCUAUGAGUGUAAUGAGUGUGGUAAGACCUUCAGACAGACCUCUCAGCUCAUAGUUCAUCUCAGAAUCCACACGGGGGAAAAGCCCUAUGAAUGCAGCAAGUGUGGGAAGACCUAUCGGCACAGCUCCCACCUCAUUCAACACCAGAGACUGCACAACGGGGAGAAACCAUAUAAAUGUAAUGAAUGUGGAAAAGCUUUCACUGAGAGUUCCAAACUCAUUGAUCACCAGAGGACCCAUACUGGGGAGAAACCUUAUGAAUGCAAUGAGUGUGGGGCAGCCUUCACUCGGAAUAAAAAUCUUGUCCGACAUCAGGUACUUCACAGUGGUAAGAAACCCUACAAGUGUAGUGAGUGUGGGAAAGCUUUCUGUUCUAAUAGAAAUCUUAUUGACCACCAGAGAAUCCAUACUGGGGAGAAGCCUUAUGAGUGUAUUGACUGUGGCAAGGCCUUCAGUCGGAAUAAAAGUCUUAUUCGACAUCAGCGCCUUCACAGUGGGGAAAAACCUUACAAAUGUCAGGAGUGUGGGAAAGCCUUUAGUCAGAACUCUCAGCUUGCUGACCAUGAGCGAAUUCAUACUGGAGAAAAACCUUUUGAAUGUAGUGAGUGUGGUAAGGCAUUCAGCCUGAGUAAAUGUCUCAUUCGACAUCAGAGACUUCACACAGGUGAAAAGCCCUAUAAAUGUAAUGAGUGUGGAAAAUCCUUCAAUCAAAACUCAUACCUCAUUAUACACCAGAGAAUUCACACUGGUGAGAAACCUUAUGAAUGUAAUAAGUGUGGGAAGGUCUUCAGUCAUAAUUCUAGUCUUAUGGUGCAUCAGAGAACCCAUACUGGGGAGAAACCCUAUAAAUGUAAUGAUUGUGGGAAAGCCUUUAGUGACAGCUCACAGCUUACUGUGCACCAGAGAGUCCACACUGGUGAGAAACCCUAUGAAUGUACUGAGUGUGGGAAAGCCUUCAGUCAGCGUUCCACUUUUAAUCACCACCAGCGAACUCACACUGGAGAGAAGCACUCAGGACUGGCUCAGUCAGUUUCGUAAGGCAUAAGUUCCCAAGACAUAGAGCAAGGAACUGUGAAUUAAGCUUUCUUUAUAAGAAAUAUGCUCAACCUGUUCUCUUGAAACCAGUAAUCAAAGUGGGCCAUCCCCUAAAUGUUGUCUGCUGGGUUAUGGAGGUGGGAGAGGGAGUAAAUAACAGUACAGCCUUUCCCACUAUUGGGGAAGUAAGGACUGCACCUUUCAUGUACUUGUAAGGUUUCUUUUUUUCUUUAUUUCUCUCUUUUUUUCCUGUUUAAAAAUCUAUCUCAUUUCUUAGUUAUGCAUCACAUAAUCAGAGUGUGUGCUUCUCAAGGAUAGAGAUUAUUUAUUUUUCUAUUCCACCUCCUUAUCACCAAUUUCAUAAAGUUAUUCUCCAAGACUGAUUCAUUUUCUUUCUCUUUGCCGUGGCCCUCUUAAAACUUCUCCUCUAAUGUGGACCCUCGUUAUUUGUGUUCCUUACCUAGAAAACCUUUUCUUCCUGUUUGCUAAUCUCUGUCCCUCAGAACCUUUUAAGAUCCAGCUCAUUUAUGAAAGACUGUUUUUGCAAUGCUUCUUUGUUCUUUCUAAACUUCUGUUGAUUUGACCUCAAAUUUUGAAUGAGCCUGUGCUACAAUUUGCAGUUAUUAAAUUGCCUUGUUACUUGUGUCAACUUAAUGCAUAUGUGUAUACAUUCAUACCAACUUAAUGUAGGCUCUUUGAAGUUGGGUAUGGUAUGUGUUUCAUUUAACAGAUAGAUAAUAAUUUGCUUAUACUAGUUGUUAAAUAAAUAAUUUUUAAAAACUCA